AUGAUGCCGGCAAAGGAAAACAUCGCGAAACAAGCGGAGUGGACUGCUGGUUCAAGAGUGCCAUACCUGGAGCUAGCCAACGUUCUCAGCAACAUAGAAGGGGAAUCGAAGAGAUUGAGAAUUAUUGAUGAACUGGCUGGAUUCUAUUCCAAGGUAAUAGAGUAUUCACCUGAUGACUUGUUAGCCUGUGUUUACUUGUGUGUGAAUCAACUGGGACCGGCUUAUGAAGGUAUCGAGCUCGGGAUUGCUGAGCACACCAUCAUAAAGGCAGUCGCACAGGCUACAGGUCGAACGGUAGAUAAAAUCAAGGAGGAGAUGCAGAAAAAGGGUAUUAUUGCCCAACAGUCUCGGCAAAACCAAAGCUCAUUAUGCAAAGCUUUUGGUUUUACUCCCAAGCCGCAUACAGUACAGUCCGUGUUUGCAAAGCUGACAGAUAUCGCGAAACUUACCGGAGCAGCGUCAAUGAACAAGAAAGUGGAGCUCAUCAAAGGCCUUAUAGUCGCAUGUCGGGGAGCAGAGGCUAGAUAUCUUGUUCGUUCACUUGAAGGAAAGCUUCGCAUUGGCCUUGCCGAGCAAAGUGUGUUGGUGGCCCUCGCUAAUGCUUUCACGAAAGAACACAUCAAGAAGAAAGGUCUGAAGCUUUCAUCGUCUGCUGCAGAUGUCCUCAAAAGUGAGCAUGUCUUGCUCAUGAAGACCACUUACUGCCAAUGUCCAAACUACGGAAAAAUAAUUCCGAUUGCGCUCUCAGAAGGCAUCGAGAAUAUAAACGAGAAGUGCAAAUUGACUCCAGGCAUACCGUUGAAGCCGAUGCUUGCUCAUCCUACAAAAGGAAUUGGCGAGAUAAUGAGACGUUUUGGGGAGGCGGUAUUUGCAUGCGAAUGGAAGUACGACGGCGAAAGAGGGCAGGUCUGCAUGGCUUUUGGCUAA